ACCAUAUUGAACUUUGUUCCUGCAACAUUUUGAAAGUGGAAUUAACUGAAAGAGAAGGAAUAAUCAACUCUAUACCAAGCCUCCAGCUUACUAGUUCAGAAAAAGUUUUAAUUUUUUUGGUGAGAAAAAAAUAAUGGCGUCAUCAAUGUCAUUUCGAGUCCCAGAAGUGGUCUCUCCAGAACUUCAGGACAUUAUUGAAAUUAAAUGCGAAUUACUAAAAAAAACUAGAGAAGAAGACCGUCGAAACAAAAUUCUGAAGCAACUGAAAGAGGAAAAGUCCGCAUUACAGAACACACUUGACAUUAAAAAGAAGGAAUUUAAUAAUACUAAAAAAUUUCUGGAGCAAAUUUCUAAUCAACGAAAAAUCUAUGACUUGGAAAAAGAAAUCGAACAUACUCUUAACAGUCAAUGUUUGACCAGCGAAACAGGUGAAAGUCUGGAACAUCAUCCCAAGGAUUUGAUUAAUUCUAUCAAAACUAUGAGAAACAAAAUAGAUAUUUGCAAUUUAUUAAUAAAUUCAGAUGAGUUGGACGAACUCACCUUAGAAACCAUAAAGAAAUUAAAGGAAUUCCAAGAAAAUUUUACGUAUGAGAUGAAUUUGGCAAAGGAUUUUAAUCUAUUUAAUGAAAAUUUGAGCGAGUCUUAUGAUUCACAACAGAAAUGCGCAAAACUGGUAGGUUUGGUGGAGAGACUUACUACACACGCGCACGCCCUGGCGUCUACCAAAAAUAAUAUCACCAAAGAUUGAUAGGACUUUAUCAAUCUUCAGUGAUAUAAUGUUAUUAUUAUUAAUUUUAUUAAAACUUUUAUGAAUCGACCUUAGAAUAAUUAUAUUUGUUAUGUUAAAAAUAAUAUAAAAUUUUAUUGUUAGUAACUAGUAAAACUAUGUUGUUAAAAUAUUUACUGCUUUGUUUAUGUCUUUGUGUCUUAUAUUAUCUAAUGAAAGAAAAAAGUUUAAAGUAUUAAAAC